GACCUGACGAUUCACUGUGUUGUACUGCGCUUCAGUAUAGGAACGGUGAUAUUACAUACAAUAAAUUUAUCAAUUUGAAUGCUCACUAUUUAUAUGAGAUGCUUUCUGGGGGGAAAAGAUUGUGCGCCUUCCCGACGAAUAAUCAGUGUGUUUCGGGAAGUACCGGGUGAGUGGUGUUCGAGUGUACUGUUGCUGAUUGAUUUUGCGGGCGCAGUUUGUUUUUGGACAUUCUGGACAUUCUGAGAAUUGCCUGUAGCUUCGAAAGUUAUGAAUCGAAUGAUAACGAACUAGGGCGCAAUAUUCUGUUCGUUACAAAGAUAAUUCGAACAACCAUGACAUAAGUCCCACUUUAGUGGGGUGUAAAUGUGCGUAUCGUGAAUGAAGAUAUCGUGCUUCAUUUUUGCUUCACUUGGUGCUGCGUGCUCUUGGAGAAGCUGAUUCGGGUCCAGAUUGGCCCCGAGGAUCUGUGGUAUGUUGUGUGGGUGGUGUGAGGGAGCGAAGUGUGCAAAUCUCUAAUUGAGUCAAUUGGCUCUGGUUGAUGUGAGGAAUGUCGUUGAGGCAGCUCUGGAUAUUCGAGUGUCUUGAACGGUGCUGCAGUUCACUGUGGAAAAAGUAGUUGGAUGGCAGCAGGCGCCGAAAAGUGAUUAUCAACCGUUGGCCCGGAGUGAUGUAAAUAAGUUCAUUUAAAUAUGCAAAAAAGUGAAGAGAUGGAUGUAAACAAUGAAAAAGUUAGCUCGAAAAAGUCCCGCGGUCAUGGCUGUGAACUGGGAAUCAAUGAGCAAACUGGCAGAUUACAGUGGUGUCCAGGUUAUCGGUUUGCUAAAGUUCUGUUUGUGAUACCGGCAGCGAUGCUUCCGUUGGCGCUUCUUUUUCUUUUGCUUACGAGAUUACACGUGGUAGGAUCUGUGGAAUAUUCAGCUCAUCAGUACAAUGACGUACAGCAAUACUACACAGAUCAAUCGAACAAAGUUGAUGAACUACAGGCUCGCUGCAAACCGGUUCGAAGGACCAUUUCCGAGGUGACCGAUAUAGAAGAUCGUGAUCUGCUGAAGGAUAUGCGGACAUCUUUCGUACCGACGCGACUACUCUCGGCGAACUGUCCUCAGCCUGAUAGUGACGGAGAUUUUCUAUCGAUGGCUCGUGACAUUGCCCUUUCGGACAUAGCAAACUUUUUCAGAACAAAACGUCACACCACUUCGUCCAAAGCUCGACCGGCUAGAAAGUCAGCCCCAGCUAUCAACAACUGGACCGUCGAUGGGAGCCCUCAAAGUAUUCGAGCUACACAAGUUGAGAUGAUGAAAAAAUACAUGGACCCAUCCAUGGAUCCCUGUACAGAUUUCUAUCAGUAUGCGUGCGGAAAUUUUGAUCACGUCAAUCCCAUCCCGAAAGACAAAGCCAGUUUAGAUACGUUCGAAAUCUUACGUGAAAGUUUAGACAUUGUGCUGAAAAAUCUUCUCAUCGAGAAUAGUGAAGCGGAAUCUAUCACCGAUAUAGAGAACACCCUGGUCACCAGCCCCCCAAACCCUCCAUCAAACGAACACAUUCGACGAGUCAGGAAGCGAAUCAUCGGAAAACGCGCAGUGUUCAAUAAACUUGUGAUAAAAACACAAAUCAAAAAGGUUAGAAAACGUGAACUAUCCGUCCAUUCAGCGCUAGCCAAUGAAGGGGACAAUGCCGAAACCAAAGCCAAAAAUUUGUUCCUGUCCUGUAUGAACUACAGUUUGAUUGAAAAACGCGGUCUACAGCCCCUAUUUGAUUUGCUGGCUUCCUUAGGUGGUUGGCCUGUUCUGGAUCCCACUUGGAAGGCGGAAAAUUUCGACUGGCUCAACUUGACCGCACAAAUACGUAAGUUCAAUAACGAUAUCAUGAUCACCCAGUGGGUUGGAGCAGAUAUAAAAAAUUCGGAUGAAAAUGCUAUCCAGCUGGACCAAACUGUUCUAGGGCUUCCCACCAGAGAUUAUUUCCUCCAGGCAUCGAACCAAAAAUACCUGGACGGCUACAAGCAGUUCAUUGUGGACGUUAUCGUACUUUUGGGAGCUAAACAGGAAAAAGCUGAACAAACGGCUGAAGAACUGUUGGAUUUUGAAAUACAACUGGCCAACAUCACCAACAGUAUGGAAGAACGCAAUAACAUCUCGUUGCUCUAUAAGAAAAUGAUUCUAGAGAAUCUACACGAAGAAGUUCCAGAGAUCAACUGGACCCGUUAUCUCUCUAUCGUAAUGGAACGGCCAGUAAACUCCUCAGAAUUUGUAGUGAUGUACGCCCUCAACUACAUGAAAGACUUGGUUGUGUUGAUCGACCAAACCGAACCUCGAACCGUGGCCAAUUACAUCCUUUGGCGUUUCGUUCGACACCGGAUCAACAAUUUGGACGAUCGUUUCCUGCAAGCGAAGCAAAAAUUCUCAAACGUUCUUUUCGGGCGCGAAAAAAGCCCUCCCCGAUGGAAAAAUUGCGUGAACCAGGUCAACGCUAACAUGGGAAUGGCUGUGGGGGCAAUGUUUGUGCGGAAAUACUUCGAUGAAAAUAGUAAACGUGAUACCUUGGCCAUGACCCAUGAGCUGCAGCAAGCCUUCCGGGACAUCCUCAAUGAAACGGAUUGGCUCGAUGUGCAAACGAGACGAUUAGCGGAGAUGAAAGUCAAUUCGAUGUCCCUGCGCAUUGGUUAUCCGGAUUUCAUCCUGUCCCGGAAGGAGCUGAACGACAAGUACUCGGAUCUGGAGAUUGACGAAAGCAAGUACUUUGAAAACACUCUCAAUGUAUUGAGUCACAUCCGGAGGACCGAUCAAAAUAAAUAUGGCCAGGUUGUAAACAAAACUGCCUGGAAUACGGCCCCGGCCGUCGUGAACGCCUACUACAGCCGCAACAAGAACCAAAUCAUGUUUCCGGCCGGCAUUCUGCAGCCACCGUUCUAUCAUCGGUACUUUCCUAAAUCGCUCAACUAUGGUGGCAUCGGGGUCGUCAUCGGGCACGAGCUGACCCACGGAUUCGACGACAAGGGUCGGCUGUUCGAUCGGGACGGCAAUCUGUACCGCUGGUGGACGGACCAGGCCAUCGAUGCGUUCCACGAACGGGCGACAUGUUUGAUCCAGCAAUACGGCAAGUACACGGUCGAUGAGGUCGGAGUUCAAAUCGAUGGCGAAAAUACUCAAGGCGAGAACAUUGCCGACAACGGUGGAAUCAAGCAGGCUUAUCGGGCCUACACUAAGUGGAUCUCGCAGCAAACCGAUCCCCAGGUGCUGGAACUGGAAACCUUCCCGGCACUGAACGUCACCAACGAGCAGCUGUUUUUCCUCAACUUUGCCCAGGUAUGGUGUGGGGCGAUGAGGCCGGAAGCCACCAGGAACAAACUGAAAACGGCCGUCCACAGUCCGGGCAAAUUCCGGGUCAUCGGGACGCUUUCCAAUUCGGAGGACUUUGCACGGGUGUACGGGUGCGAGGUCGGAACGCCGAUGAACCCGGAAGAUAAGUGUAGCGUUUGGUAGUCAUCUUGGUAGUGCAUAGCAGCCGAGAAUACAAAAAAGACAUAACAAAACAAAUCACGUUCAUAUCCUGUUAGUAAUAAAUAAUGAUAAAGUUUCUGUAA